AUGCCAUCGAGCAAGAGCACACCAACGUUGAAGGCAUUGAAGGCUCAACUGAAGGACAUCCAGUCUUCCCUCUGCGAUAUAUCUCGCUUCGUGGAACAGUUCAAGGAGGAAACAUCUACCACGCAGAUAACAUUACGUUUAGAUAGGGUAGACAGGUUGUGGGAGAAGUAUUCGGAAACUUUAGUGCUAGUUAGGGAUCAUGCACAGUUUGAGGAUGAAGACGAUGUAUACGAUAAGGAGAGACAGGUAAUCAGCGAUCGUUAUUACGAAGUGAAGGCGUUUCUUCUUGAUAAAGCACGGGAGCGUCAACCGCCACGGGAACAGGAUCAAUCCAUUCGCGACACUUCUGCAUUCGGAGGAUUAGACCAUGUUAGGCUUCCCCAAAUUAAAUUACAAACAUUCAAUGGAGCCGUGGACGAUUGGUUAAGCUUCAGGGAUCUGUUUACAUCUCUCAUCCACACCAAGGCGGAACUUCCUGAGGUAGAAAAGUUCCACUACCUAAAGGGUUGUUUGCUAGGGGAACCCAAAAACCUGAUCGAUCCGUUACCCCUCACCGAGGCAAAUUAUCAAGUUGCUUGGAAUUUGCUCUUGAAAAGAUACGAUAACUGUAAGGUGCUCAAGAAGCGGCAGAUCCAGUCUCUGUUCAAACUGCCAGCUCUUCAAAGGGAAUCCGUGACUGAACUGCAUGGCCUUCUUGAAGGAUUCGAAAGGAUAGUUCAAACUCUGGAUCAAGUAGUUCAAUCUCGUGACUAUAAGGAUCUUCUUCUCGUCAACUUCCUCACAACAAGGUUGGAUCCAGUAACGCGAAGGAGUUGGGAAGAACAGUCGGCCUCUAAGGAUCAGGAUUCAGUGAAGGACCUCACAGAUUUCCUACACAGACGGGUAAGGAUACUGGAAUCCAUGCCGUCGAAGCCAACGGAUAAAAACCCUUCUCAAGUUCAAGCACCCACAAAACCGAAGGCUGCAUCGGUGAAAUCUAGCUAUAGCACGGUACAGAGCUCAGCCGGACGCUGUGUGCUCUGUAAGGAUAGCCACCUGUUGUAUCAGUGUACUGGAUUUCAAAGAUUAACUGUUAUGGAACGGGAUGCAGUUUUGAAGGCUAAUGGUUUGUGCCGUAACUGCUUCAAGCUUGGCCAUCAGGCAAGGGAUUGCCAGUCAAGGUACUCUUGCCGAAAAUGUAAGGGAAGGCAUCACACCCUAGUAUGCUUCAGGUCGGAUCAGGAUGGUAAGGUUAUACCACCUACCAAGGUCAACAAUACCAACCCAAAGGAAACCCAAGGAUCAUCAAACGGCGCAAGUACCUCUCAAAUGGCUAACCUGGCAGCCACCGACACUGUGGUGUCUAACGUUGCUCAACAAAUUUCAUCACAAGUCCUGUUAGCGACGGCGAUCAUUCUACUGGAGGAUGAUGAAGGAAAUCGGUUCCCAGCAAGAGCUCUCCUAGACUCAGGGUCAGAGAGCAAUUUUAUUACCCAAUCGCUCAGCCAACGCAUGCGUGUACAACGGAACAACGUGGAUGUAUCAGUUCUUGGUAUUGGUCAAUCUGCUUCAAGGGUCAAGCAUUGCAUCUUGGCGACGGUGUUGUCCAGGAAUACUGAAUUCUCUCGGCAAAUGGAGUUUUUGGUCCUGCCUAAAGUCACUGUCAACCUACCAACAACGACAGUGAAUACGGAAGGGUGGUCUAUUCCAAGCGGAUUUGUGUUGGCGGAUCCUUCAUUCUUUCAACCCAACACGGUGGAUGUAGUUCUAGGAAUCGAAUGCUUCUUUGAUUUGUUUCACACGGGUCGCAGAGUUUCGUUAGGAGAGCGUUUGCCAACAAUCAGCGAAACUGUGUUCGGUUGGGUGAUUGGCGGAGGAAUUUCUAAUUCGCAACAUUCUCUACGGGUGAACUGUAAUGUCUCGUCUUCGAACAACUUAGAGGACCUUAUCGAAAGGUUUUGGAAGUGUGAGGAGUUGGAAUCUUCAAAGGCGUAUUCGAAAGAGGAAAGGAAAUGUGAAGAUCUGUUUCGGAACAUGGUUCAACGUUCAGAGGAAGGUCGUUAUACAGUAGCACUACCGAAGAACGACGAAAUGAUUGCUCGGAUUGGCGAGUCGAGGAACAUAGCAUUACGGCGGUUGCUCGCUACGGAACGUAGACUUGCAAGGGAUACCAGCCUAGCCAAACAAUAUUCCAGUUUUAUGGAGGAAUACCUUUUGUUGAGUCAUAUGGAGAAGGUUACAAACGAAGAUUCUACAAGCCGGUGUUAUCUUCCCCACCAUCCUGUCGUAAAGGAGGCGAGCACAACGACAAAGGUCCGGGUGGUAUUUGAUGCCUCUUGCAAGACGUCCACCGGGAUUUCUCUCAACGAUUGUUUGCUGUGUGGCCCUACUACUCAAGAGGAUCUUCGUUCGAUAAUCCUGCGGUGUCGCAUGAAGCAAAUAAUGAUGGUGGCUGACGUCGAAAAGAUGUUUCGGCAAAUUCUCCUACGCCAAGAGGAUCGACCUUUACAAUGCAUCUUGUGGCGGUCGUCAUCAACAGAGGAUGUUAGUGCCUACGAACUAUGUACUGUUACAUAUGGGACCAAAUCAGCGCCGUUCUUGGCAACCAGGACACUAAAUCAAUUGGCUUUAGAUGAAGAACAUCGCUUCCCACUAGCAGCGAAGGCAAUCCACGAGGACACUUACGUCGAUGAUGUCUUGACAGGAGCAAAUAACAUCGAGGAGGCGAGGGAGCUGCGUCAUCAACUAGAACAGCUGACUGAAAGCGGAGGAAUGAGAUUGCGGAAAUGGGCUUCUAACUGUUCCGAAGUAUUAGAGGCUGCCUACUGUCCGCUACAGUCCAAGCCCUCGGAUGGUAGUGCCAAGCGACUGAAGAACGAUAUCCAGAAGUUGACUCGUCGGCAAGGUAGGUUUAUUCUUGCUGGCGAUCUGAAUGCACGCCACUCGAUGUGGGGUAAUGCGAGGAACAACAGGAAUGGUGUGGUGCUUGCCGAGGCCCUACAGGCAGGGCACUAUACCGUUCUACACCCGAAUUCACCGACAUACUUCUCAUCAGCCGGAGUCGGUUCCACUCUGGACAUUGUUAUUACCAACAUAGCUGACAACUGCAUCAAUAUCCAAGCCAUCACUAAACUAUCUUCAAACCAUCUACCGAUGGUUUUCGAAGUGGAACGUGAAAUCAACCGUAGACAACUGCACCAGCGGAGGAAUUAUCACCGUGCGAAGUGGCCCCAACUGAAACGAUUCGUAGAGGAUCGGAUCGCCGAGAACCCAGCUCUCGUGAUCAAAGACGACAUCGACAGCGUUCUCCAAGAAAUCACCAAUACCAUUGGUGAAGCGGAAGCCCGGUUCAUCCCUACAACUCCAAUAUUCCUGGUCUCGCAUAAUCUGGGUCGGGACAUGGUCAGUCCGAUGAAACCAGCAACAGCAAACGAACUCAACAGCUACAUCAAGUGCAUGCGGAACAUGAAGGCUCCGAGAUUCGAUGGAGUAUUUAACAUUGUUCUCAAGAACCUUGGACCCAAAACGAUAACCACUCUGGUCAACGUCUUCAAUCGAUGCCUGGAGAUCGGGUACUUCCCAUCCGGAUGGAAGCUCUCUAAGGUGGUUCCCAUCCUUAGGCCGGGGAAGGAUCCCACCAGGUCGACCAUUCAGAUUCAGGAGCGGUCAUUCGAGCGUCCACCAACUCCAACGGGUGACGAACCGGAUCAGGCGAUCGAAGGAGUUGUCUAA